UAUGAUUUUGUGUUCGACUUUCCGUUUGUCCGUUAUUUUCCAUUCAAUGUUUUUCUUUCCUUUUUUCACCUCGAUUCAAAUUGAUCGAUAUUUUUGAAUAAAGAAAAAAAACAUGAGCCUAUUGAAUAUUGCAGCAUUGUUAUCAACAUUAACUGCCACAAAUUAUUCAUCAACAAUAUCAACCUUUCAUCAUCAACAACAACAACAACAACGUUUAUUAUCCGAUAAUUAUAAUGCUGAUUUAGUCAACAAUCUUAAUGGCCUUAAUUUUCAACCAAAAUUCAAUCAUUAUUCAGGAUUUUUAACAGCAUUAGAUGAUGUUUAUCUUCAUUAUUGGUUUUUUGAAAGUGAACAUCAACCAUUAAAUGAUCCAUUAGUAUUGUGGUUGAAUGGUGGUCCUGGUUGUAGUUCAUUAGUCGGUGCAUUAGAAGAAAAUGGUCCAUUUAUAAUUAAUAAAGAUUUUACUAUUGAUUAUAAUCCAAAUACAUGGACAACACAUGUUAAUAUGUUAUAUAUUGAAUCACCAGCACAGGUUGGAUUUUCCUAUAAAUUAGAUCAAAAUUAUCAAACUGAUGAUAAUGAAACUGCAUAUAAUAAUUUAGCUGCAUUGAAAAAUUUUUUUGAAAAAUUUCCACAUUUAAAAAAUAAUGAUUUCUAUAUUGCCGGUGAAAGUUAUGCAGGUAUAUUUAUACCAAUGUUAGCAACAUUAAUUAUUGAACAACGUUUACCAACAAUUCGUUUGAAAGGAUUUGCAUUAGGAAAUCCAUUAUUAAAUCUACAAACGAAUAUGGAAUCACAAUUUUUUUAUCUUUAUUCACAUGGAAUUAUUGAUACAAAAACCUGGUCAAAUAUAUUGAAAUUUUGUCCUUGUUAUGGUCAUCGUAAACCAAUGUCAUCAUAUUUGAGUCAACCAAAUGAUUUAAAGAUGAAAAGAAAUUGUAAUAAUGAAAAUGAUUUAUCAUAUUAUUGUCAAGAUGCAAUGAAAAUGAUUGAAUAUUAUGUAACUUCAUUUGAUUUAAAUUUAUAUAAUAUUAAUAAAGAUUGUAAACAAAAUGAUGAUGAUAAUGAUGAUGAAUCAACCAAAUAUUAUUGGCAAGAAUCAUUAAAAAAAUUUAAUAAAAUAGUUUUACCAUUACCAUGUUUAUUGGAUGAUCAUCCAAUAACUGAUUGGUUAAAUCAACAAUCAGUCAAAAAAUCUUUACAUGUACCAUUAGAAUUUCGUUGGGCAUUCUGUAAUAAAGUCGAUUAUGAUCGUGAAAAAUUUACUGUUCAUAAUGAAAUUAUGAAACUUAUUGAUUUAGGUAUUAAUGGAUUAAUAUUUGCUGGUGAUUUGGAUGUUGUUUGUAAUUUUAUCGGUAUACAAUGGUCGAUUGAAGAUUUACAUUUAUUACCAAUAAAUAAUCAUACAUAUUGGAAAUUGAAUAAUAAUAAUAAUAAGAUUGGUGGAUUUUAUCAUAAUUAUCGAUCAAUGGAAUCAAAUGGUGGUUAUUUAACAUUUGCUACUGUACGUGGUGCUGGUCAUUCAAGUGCAACGGAUAAACCAAGUGAAACAAAAGAUUUAUUUUUAAAAUUUUUAAAUAAAAAAAUUUAAUGAUUUUUUA